GCGGCGGCGGACAGUUGCGCGCCAGCAGCGAGCGGAGCGGCAGUGAGUGAGUGACCGUGAGACUGCAGCAUGGCGGCGCGUCACGUGAUCCAGACUGCGCGACCCCAGCUGUGCUCCUAGCGACCACUGAAUGCGCCUCACGGAUACCGCGCACGGGCGCGGCAUGGGCGCGGGCGCCCAGUGUGCAGUGGUGUUGCUGCUGCUGGUGGAGUCCACGCACAGCUCGCCAGAAGUGCCGCUGGGGGGCGCGCUCAACCUGUUCAGUCGCUACGGCUACCUGAGCAUCAGCAUGCGUGUGGUGCCUCGCAACGACUCUGGUCCUCCCUGGAUCGUGCGUGAGCCCACAGUCGACGUGUUCCGAAACUCCAGUUCCCUGCGCCAGCCCGCGCCUUCCGCGUCUUCCGCGCCUUCUGGCCCGCGCCCAGGCGCUGCACCCGUCUUCCACGGAGAUUUCCACAUGGAGUUCUGCGACAACUUGCGCCAGCUCAAACAGGCGUACUUCAGGGACUUCCACAUGGAGCUGCUGGAGCAGCCGUGGCGAGCCUUCACCGCCAGCUGGGGCCGGCAGACGCUGGCGCGCCACCUGGGCAUCAACGUGUCCUACGCGGCGGGCCAGUUCAGCUACGUGAUGCUGCGCGUGGCGCGCUACAGGGACUCGGGACGCCUCGCCCCGCCAGCCCCGGGCGCCGCCGUCGAGCCGGACGUGACGGCUGCGGCGGACUCCGUGCUGCCCGGAGACCCGCUCAGCGUCGCUCGCUUCGUCAAGAAGUUCGGCUCGCACUACGUGGCGGCCUUCGUGUCGGGCAACUCGCUCUACCAGGCCAGUCUACUCAUACACUAUCGCACUUGUCACGGCACGGUGUUCGUGUACACGCCGCAAAUCUACUCCAAGAUCAAAGCGCGCCUGCGCAGUCAGGGUUUGGCAGACUUGUCCAGCGGCGAGCUCAGUAACUUCUUCUCUCCGUGGUAUGCAGAGCACAUCGGGACCAUCCAAUCAGCGAGCGGCAACUCCUCGCUGGACGUGUGGGCGUCGAGCAGACUAGCCGUGCACUUCUACUUCUUCACGUACAGCAGUCUGCUUAAACUGCACGGCAACAGCUCGCUGCUCAAAGAGCUGGACUCCUUGCUGCUGAACGAAGCCUUGCUGCAGCUCGACCUGAGGACUAUGGCUGUGGCAUUCGGCGACCCUGACCGCCGCACCUGGUUCCUUGAGGUGCUUGACAACCACCUGAAGCUGUGGCAGGUCAACAUGUGACCACCGUGCUUUAUUCCUCGAGGUACUUGACAACAUUCUGAAGCUGUCAGGUCAACAUGUGACCUCAGCGAAGAUGACCACCGUGCUUUAUUCCUCGAGGUACUUGACAACAUUCUGAAGUUGUGGCAGGUCAACAUGUGACCACCAUGCUUUAUUCCUCGAGGUACUUGACAACAUUCUGAAGCUGUCAGGUCAACAUGUGACCUCAGCGAAGAUGACCACCGUGCUUUAUUCCUCGAGGUACUUGACAACAUUCUGAAGUUGUGGCAGGUCAACAUGUGACCACCGUGCUUUAUUCCUCGAGGUACUUGACAACAUUCUGAAGCUGUCAGGUCAACAUGUGACCUCAGCGAAGAUGACCACCGUGCUUUAUUCCUCGAGGUACUUGACAACAUUCUGAAGUUGUGGCAGGUCAACAUGUGACCACCGUGCUUUAUUCCUCGAGGUACUUGACAACAUUCUGAAGCUGUCAGGUCAACAUGUGACCUCAGCGAAGAUGACCACCGUGCUUUAUUCCUCGAGGUACUUGACAACAUUCUGAAGUUGUGGCAGGUCAACAUGUGACCACCGUGCUUUAUUCCUCGAGGUACUUGACAACAUUCUGAAGCUGUCAGGUCAACAUGUGACCUCAGCGAAGAUGACCACCGUGCUUUAUUCCUCGAGGUACUUGACAACAUUCUGAAGUUGUGGCAGGUCAACAUGUGACCACCGUGCUUUAUUCCUCGAGGUACUUGACAACAUUCUGAAGCUGUCAGGUCAACAUGUGACCUCAGCGAAGAUGACCACCGUGCUUUAUUCCUCGAGGUACUUGACAACAUUCUGAAGUUGUGGCAGGUCAACAUGUGACCACCGUGCUUUAUUCCUCGAGGUACUUGACAACAUUCUGAAGCUGUCAGGUCAACAUGUGACCUCAGCGAAGAUGACCACCGUGCUUUAUUCCUCGAGGUACUUGACAACAUUCUGAAGCUGUGUCAGGUCAACAUGUGACCUCAGCGAAGAUGACCACCGUGAUUUAUUCCUCGAGGUACUUGACAACAUUCUGAAGCUGUGGCAAGUCAACAUGUGACCUCAGCGAAGAUGACCACCGUGAUUUAUUCCUCGAGGUACUUGACAACAUUCUGAAGCUGUGGCAAGUCAACAUGUGUCCACAGCAAAGAUGACCACCAUGCAUGAUUCCUUGUGGUAUCUUGACAACAAUCUGAAACUUUGUCAAGUCAACGUGAGAACUUUGUGCUCUGCAAUCUACAGUAUUAUUCUCACAUUCCGUGGUCACAUUCUGUUUUGGCAGCGCUUGCGUCGGUACUAUAUUGUCGGUACGACUGAGCAAAAAUAGUUUUUGGUUUGAGUCAGAUCUAAUGUCCGUAAAGGUAUACCUAGACACUUAUUUUUUGAAGCACAAUUAAAUAUAAUUUUUAGCUUA